AUGGUCGCGUGUCCGAUCUGUGAGAAGCCGGUGAGGGAGGCCAACAUCAACCGGCACAUCGACUCCGACUGCAACGCCUUCCUGGACGAACCGAGCCCGCCACCAACGCAGAUCACCACCAAUGCAUCAAGCGCGAAGACUCCCAAGCUCGCCGGCUUCUUCACGCCCGCAGCGAGGAAAAGCUUGCGCCCGAGGACGGAAGAUGCAUCGUCGCCGAUAUCGAGUACGCAGAUAGCGCCCGCCAAGUCAACGACCAUCGCAUUCCCCAGCACCGCACCAGCCAAACGAGCGCGAGACGAGGAUGAGCAUGAUCAGGUCGAUGGCGUUCAAGAGAAGGCGCAACCAACAGCGCCGCCUACUAAGAAGCCCAAGAAUGCACAUCAGCCACUAGCGGAGCGAAUGCGGCCGCAGAGUCUGGAUCAAGUAGCCGGACAAGAGCUGGUGGGAUCAAACGGCGUACUGCGGAACUUGAUCGUCACAGAUCGCGUGCCGUCUAUGAUCCUAUGGGGAGGGCCAGGAACGGGAAAGACGACGAUAGCACGACUCAUCGCGCAGACUGCUGGGACGAGGUUCGUGGAGAUCAACAGCACGUCAAGUGGAGUGGCCGAGUGCAAGAAACUGUUUGCAGAGGCAAAGAAUGAGCUUGCAUUGACGGGGAGGAAAACGAUCAUAUUCUGUGACGAGAUCCAUCGGUUCAGUAAGAGUCAGCAAGACGUAUUCCUUGGGCCAGUGGAAGCUGGGCAGGUCACAUUGAUUGGAGCAACUACAGAGAACCCAUCUUUCAAGGUUGUGAAUGCACUGCUGAGCAGAUGCAGAACUUUCACAUUGGCAAAGCUCAGUGAUGAGCAUAUAUUCGGCAUCUUGAAGAGGGCAUUGUCACGGGAAGUGCCCAGCUUGCCGACUCCUUCGCCGAGUCCGUCAUCUGAAGAGCAAGUGGACAACAAGGAAGACGUCCCGAACACGGGGGACAACAGCUUGUCCCUGCUCACAGAGGACGACUACUCGCUGGUCCGCUACCUGGCGGCCUUUGCCGACGGCGAUGCCAGAACCGGUCUCAACCUGUUGGAGCUAGCCCUGGACCUGUGCAAGAAGCCUGGCAUUUCCCUCGACGAUGUCAAGAAGAGCCUUACCCAGACCUUGGUCUACGAUCGAGCGGGCGAUCAGCACUAUGACACCAUCUCGGCCUUCCACAAAUCGGUCCGUGGUAGCAAUGCUGAUGCGGCGCUAUACUACCUGGCGCGGAUGCUGCAGUCGGGGGAGGACCCACUAUAUGUCGCCAGACGCAUGGUAGUAAUUGCCAGCGAAGAUGUCGGUAUCGCAGACAAUAGCUUGUUAUCUCUCGCCACGGCGACAUAUACCGCAGCUGAGAAGAUUGGCAUGCCCGAAUGUCGGAUCAACCUCGCCCACUGCACCGUCGCGUUGUGCCAGGCGCCGAAGUCUGUGAGGGCCUAUCGCGGGCUCAACGCCGCCUAUGCUGCAUUGAAUGAGCCUGGUGUUGCGGGGCUUCCUGUACCUGUCCACCUUCGCAACGCACCCACCAAACUGAUGAAGGAGCUUGGUUACGGGAAGGAAUACAAAUACAACCCAGACUUCAAAGACGGCCGGGUAGUCCAGGACUAUCUUCCAGACAAGCUUGAAGGGAGAGUCUUCCUCAAGUCAGAAGACCUUGGGAAGACGAUUGACCCGGAUGUAGCAGAGCUUGAUGAGGAGCUUCGUUAUGCUGAAGAGCUUGAACGAGGUGAAGAGCUGCUCCUGAACCCUGACGGUGAUUGA